UACACUCCCCCUCUCCAGGGCGCUGUACGUAACUCGUUAUCUGGCAGUAGAGGUUGGUUAGAACACAACCGACAGUCCCUGUCAUCAGGUCAUGCCUACAGCCAAGUCCGCCUUGGACUCGUAGACCAUUGCCACACUCCCACUUACUGACUUACCAGUCCCGCAUACUAGAAUCCUCCAAGCGCGGACCGGUUGCACUGGACUGGACACCAAGAAAGAACGGUGUCGUCGAAAUUACCUAGCUUGUCGAAGUCGGUUGUUUGUAAAAGCUUUCUUUGCUCCCUGUUCGUUGCUGGUUGGUCUUGUGCCAAAUGGUGGAGGUUACCAGUUAGGCAAACUGCUUCGGCAGCAAUACCAGGAUCGUGCCUAACCGGGCAGUAACAAUGACGAAACUGGCAUGCAAUGCCGCCAGCCGCGGAGAUGUAACCGAACUGCAGCGCAUGUUCAAAGCCGGCGGUCCAUUGCACAAGAGACCGUCCGCUGGCAGCGACCCGGAGACCGGCGAGACUCCGCUUCACGCCGCUGCUCGCGCCAGGCGACUGGACGCGCUGAAAUGGCUGCUGGCCGAGAGCGGCAUCGACCCGCAGACGCGCGCGAAGAAUGGCGAAACCGCAGCUCACCUGGCAGCGUUUGAAGGCUGGCUGCAGGGAUUCGAGGUGAUAGUGGAACACGAUCCACAACGUCGGACGUUGAUGGUCACCGACAAGGACUUGCAGGGUCUAAAUCCAUUACAUGUCGCCAUCAUUCGUGGCAAUGAGAAGAUCGUCCAAUGGAUCGUGGAGAAUUUCAGCGCGGAGAGAUUACGCCUGAGUGAGAAGGGUUCGCUGGCUGUGCACUACGCCGCGGCAGCAGGGAGGAUGGGUAUCCUGCGGCUCAUUGCCGAGCACAUUGGGACAAAUGCAGCAAACGCGGCGGAUGAGAACAAUGCGACACCGGUGUAUUUUGCCGCCCAGGACGGCCAGCUGGAGGCCAUCAAGUACCUGGUGACGGAGUGUGGCGCAGAUCCCAAGGGCAGGACGUCCGACGGCAUGCAACCACUGCACGCCGCUACUCAGAACGGACACGAGGAAGUGGUCCACUGGCUGGUGGCAAGAAUCGGUAAAACGGCGCUGAUGGAGACGACGGAUGACGGUGCUACGGCAAUACACUUUGCCGCUGCUGCCGGACACGUGGGGUUGCUGCGCUGGUUCUUCAGCACACCAAACGGCAGCUCCCUGGCGCUGGUUAAGGACAGCAUGCACUCCACGCCAUUACACGAUGCCAUUGACUACGGACACUUGGAUUGCUUGAAGCUUAUUCUGAGACACGGCGGUGACCUGUUUGCAAGCGAUCUGGAUGGUAUAAGUCCCUACUCUCUGGCUAUGGAGUGCGCGGCGGAGGACAUGGGCGACUACAUCAUGAAGUACAUCAAGGACAAACGCCUCACCAUUCCAGCCAUGGCCAAGAAACCUGGGUCGUCAUCAUCGUCCCAGUCUGCACAUGUCAUCCAUCCGACCAUACCCCGCUCCACAACGGAAGAGGGUGACGGUGACGAUCACCCGAUCAUUCCCAAAGGCAGCGGCUUCCCUGGUGGAUCGGGAAAAGGCAUACGGACACUGACGACCAUCACCGCCGAGAUCCAAGCAGCUCAGCAGGAGGUGAUGGCUCACCGAUUGACGUCGGUGAAGGAGGCCGGCAGUGGGCCACCGGUAACAGACAAUCGCACGCGGCCCAUGCGACAAACCAGCUUCAAAGACCUGAGACCGGCUGCCGCAUUUGUGCCCGAGGCUCCACCGGCUCCACCACCCGACCUGCUUGCAGAUACAGUAGAGGGGACGGAGGAGAACGGGCCAUCACAUCAUAGGGAACAAUCCCAGGAUCAUGCCGAUAGUCGGCCAUCACCAGACGGUGAAGAGAAAGGCCCGCUAUCGCAAGAAGUCAACGACUGGUUCACUUCCCCGGCGGCGGAAGAAGAGGCUGCGAAGAACAUUGCAGCCGAUUCGGACACUAUGCCAGCAGAGGGAAACGGUGGUCUUGCUUGGCAGUCGGAGGACGGCAGCGGCAAUGCUCCGGCUACACCGUCCGGCCAUGGUGAGCAGCGACAGGCUCGCGGUGGCGGAGGGCGCAGCAAGCGUCGCAAGCUGCAACAGCAGGUGCCGCACUAUGAGUACAUGCCUGUGUACCAGCCGGUCAUGACGCCAUACGGCUACAUGCUAGCGCAGACCGUCAUGCCGAUGCCCGUUGCCAAGGACGCACGGCGCAGCAGCGCCAGAGGGAAGUCCCCUGGCGGCUUCAACCGCACCAAGUCGCCCAAGUCGGCGGGCGGCUCUGGACCAGGAAGUCCCAGCGACUCGGCCGCGUCCAGUGACAGCGGUAUUGUACCGCCGGAGCGACGCAAGGUCCAGCGCAAGGACUCCGGCCGAUUACCAUUGUUUGCGACUGGCGUGACGCCAAACUCCAUGGCUGCCAUGAAGUCGCUAGCGUCCGUGAACGAAACAUUUCUAGAAGAAGACGAGGAAGAAGAGAACGAAGACACAGGAACGACGGUCGGCGGUGCAUUCCAAACACCGAGCAAGGAGUCAUCGAUGCAGCGGCAGCGUCGUCAGAGCCUUAAUCACCUGAGCCACUCACUGACGGCCAUGAACACACUGGAGAAGUCGCCAAUGGGAGCCGUGCCGCUCUCCCCGUUCAGCCCCUACGCGGCACAACAGCAAGCCAUGAUGGCCAGCCAACAACAGCAGCAACAACUGAGCCCGGCAAAGCAGGUCGGCUUUGUGCGCUGGCUCUUCAAUCGGCCGGCAUCGACGCCUAAGGGCCUCGGCACAUCACAGUCGUCUACAUCCGUUGGCGACUACGGAAUGAUGGGACGGCGUGGAUCAGUCGGCGCCUCUCCUAUGAAGUCCAGCAGAAGCCGCUCGGUGUCAACCGGCACCCUUCUCAUGGGCAGCAAUGACUUCAUGAUCGGUCUCGACGACCAGUCGUAUCAGCACGGCUCCACACUGAUCGCCAUGGCUCUGUGUACGUCGGUGAUCGGCAUGAGCAUCGUGUCGGCUGUUCCCAGGAAGAGCAUUAUGCCCAUGCUGGCCAACGCCGCACAGCGCGCCGUGGCUAACUUCAGCCUGGGCGGCGGUAGUGCAGCCACCACCAAGGAGAAGGCCAAGAGUCGCGAGAACCGUACAACCGUGGAGACGACUGACGGCAGUACCACCACCGUUGUUCAGCGAGCACCCAAGAGUGACGAGCAGGCCAAGGGUGCCGGUGGGAAUGCGGCGCGUCCUGUGUCACGACGGAUCUCCAUCAAGCGAGCGUCCAGCUCACCAGAGCUACUAGACCCGGACGCCAAGGAUGCACAGCAGUCCAGUGUCUGGGAGUUCGACCAGAAGAUGGAGUCCAAAGCCUCGGCGCGCUGGGGCAGCGAGGAAUCUGCUCCACUGGACCUCGACAAGAUUGCAUCGCUCAACCGGCAGGGACCGAAGAGGGAAACGGAAGAAGACGUCCGCCGUGAGGAGAAGAAGAAACAAGAGGCGAAGGAAGAGGCCGAGCGAGAACGGUUGAAAGCCGAAGAAGAGCUUGAGCGCCGGGAAGAGGAGAAAGCCAUCCGGGAAGCUGCCAAGCGUGCCAAGAAGGACGAAGAGAAGCGUAAGAAGGAGCAGAAGGAAGAGGAGGUGCGCCGCAAGAAGAGCGAAGGCCGUCAGCAGAAGGAAGAGGAUCAGAAGAAAAAGCAGCAGGAGCUCAUGCAGCGCAAGCAGUCCAAACAGGACCUGAAACUGGGCGAGGAACAGCGGAAGAAAGAGCUGGCCGAGCAGAAAGCCAAUGAAGAAAAGGAGAAGAAACAAAGAGUCCUGGAAGAGAAGGAAACCGAAAAGCAGAAGAAGCUGGAUGAGAAGAAACGCAAGGAAGAAGAAAAGCAGAGAAAGAAGGAGGCCGACAAAGAGGAGAAAAAGCGCCUAGCCGACGAGAAGAAACGUAAGAAGGAAGAGGAGCGGCUGCAAAAGGAGAACGAGGUACGCAAGCGCAAGGUGUCUAAGGAUGAAGCCAAGAAGAAGAAGAGACAGUCGGCGAUGUCUUCUGAAUCAGCCAAUGCUGAGAGAACAGAAGAGUUCCUUGGCCAGUGGGAGUCCGACAUCAAGAUGCAGACGGGAGAUCUGACUGCGGUGCUGGACGAUCUGCAGGCUACCAUUGAUCUCGAUGGGGAUAUCGCUGCAAUGUACACUGGUGCUGGCGGCGGUGGAAAGGCGAAGAGGCCCGAGGAAGACACUGGCGUGUCGGAACUAGCACUGGCACUGCAGCUGUCCGGUCAAGCAGAGGUCCUCAGUGAGACAAUGGUCUAUGAUGAACGUGAGAGCGAAGGCGCUGUGGCCUGGCAGAGCAGCGCAGCGUUUGACACCAGCGCGGCAGCCGCCAUCCUGUCGUCGGACGCCGCCCUGGACGAGGUGACGCGCCGUCCCUCGCUGGCGUCCGUGGGCGAGUCCGCGCAGCCGUCCAGGGGUCAGCUGGGCCACACUGAGCCGAUCUCGGAGGCUGCAGCGGACCCUGACGACGCAGAUCUGGCAUCGUUUGCCGCGGCUGUACCUCCACCGCCGGCGGCUCCGCCGAAUCUGCUCGGCAUGGGUCAAGAAGACCAGGUCGGGUUCCUGGAAACAACGCCGUCCACGUCCAUCGCUCAGAAACGACAGUCCUGGCAGCAACGGUCGCAGAGUACAGAGAAGGACAGCGGCAUCUCACUAAGCAGUAGUUCCACAGCUCUUCAUUCUCUACUAUCCAACAGCAAGACAGACCUUAGUGGCAUAGGACGUCCAGGCAGUGCCGGCAGUAGAGAUAGCGCUGGCGACGGCUCAGCGGCGGCGUCGGCGGCCAACGCAGGCGGCAGUGAGCUGGAGAACGUGCUGAACCAGCGGCGCAAGAAGGCGCAGAACGCCUUCCUCAGCAACUACAGGAGAUCAGUGGACCAGCCUAUGUAGCGACGGCACGUCAACAUGUGCACACACAGCAGUAGCACUGCUGAUUACCUUGCAUCCAAGAAUUUGAGAGACUGCUUGAUGUGUAGUAUUUUUUUAGCGGCAACUGGGCUUCGUCAAAGCGCAGAACACAGCCGUGUACGAUAUCUGGAUACAAUCAUGCUCCUGCCUUCCUAUUGAAACAGCUGAAUAGUAUGCCGCCUAUUUGCCUUCUGUGCAGGGCGCAGGUCUGUAUUUUUUCACCGUGUAUUUGCAGACCGCUGGUACGAUAAAAGUUGAUCCGCUUGGGUAGAAGCAUGGUAGCACGCCAAGGGGGGGGGGGGGGGGGUAGGAUCAAGUUCGCCUAACUCAGUAGCGAUGCAUGCUGAUUGUGUUGAGCAAUGUUUUGCAUAAUUCUUAUGAUUUUCACGUUUUCACUGAGCUGGAGCUGUGCCGUGACGUCGUGAGCACAUACUAGCUAUGAACUUGCCUCUUCUGCCAUGCUUAUCAUCUCACAGAGGGACUACUUGUUAUGGUACGUGAUGGUACAUGUGGUUGCAAUGCAAUGUUGAGACCUCUCUCUUCACAAUUGAAUUAUUUGUAUUCGCAAA